AUGUCUGUUGCGCGCAUGAACUUCUCGCACGGGUCACACGAGUACCACCAGACGACGAUCAACAACGUGCGCCAGGCCGCUGCGGAGCUCGGCGUGAAUAUCGCGAUUGCGCUGGACACAAAGGGGCCAGAGAUUCGGACGGGCCUGUUUGUUGGCGGUGUGGCUGUGAUGGAGAAAGACGCGACGUGCUACGUGACGACGGACCCUGCGUUUUCGGACAAGGGCACUAAGGACAAGUUUUACAUUGACUACGCGAACCUGCCGAAGGUGGUGAGCCCUGGCGGCUAUAUCUAUAUCGACGACGGCAUCCUUAUCUUGCAAGUGCAGAGCCACGAGGACGAGCAGACACUGAAGUGCACGGUGACGAACGCGCACACGAUCUCUGACCGGCGCGGCGUGAACCUGCCGGGGUGUGACGUGGACCUGCCGGCUGUGUCGCCGAAGGACUGCGCGGACCUGCAGUUCGGCGUGGAGCAGGGCGUGGACAUCAUUUUCGCGUCGUUUAUCCGGAGUGCGGAACAGGUGGUCGAGGUGCGGAAGGCGCUUGGAGCGAAGGGGGGCGACAUCAUGGUCAUCUGCAAGAUCGAGAACCACCAGGGCGUGCAGAACAUCGACUCGAUCAUCGAGGAGAGCGACGGCAUCAUGGUUGCGCGCGGCGACCUCGGUGUUGAGAUCCCAGCGGAGAAGGUGGUGGUCGCGCAGAAGAUCUUGAUCAGCAAGUGCAACGUUGCCGGCAAGCCGGUGAUCUGUGCGACGCAGAUGCUGGAGAGCAUGACGUACAACCCCCGCCCGACGCGCGCGGAGGUGUCGGAUGUUGCUAACGCCGUCUUCAACGGCGCGGAUUGCGUGAUGCUGUCUGGCGAGACGGCGAAGGGCAAGUAUCCGAAUGGUGUGGUCCAGUACAUGGCGCGCAUCUGUCUAGAGGCGCAGAGCGCCAUUAACGAAUACGUCUUCUUCAACAGCAUCAAGAAGCUGCAGCCCAUCCCGAUGAGUGUGGAGGAGGCUGUUUGCAGCAGUGCCGUGAACUCCGUGUAUGAGACCAAGGCGAAGGCAUUGGUGGUGCUGAGCAACACGGGCCGCAGCGCUCGACUGGUGGCAAAGUACCGUCCGAACUGCCCGAUUGUGUGUGUGACGACGCGUCUGCAGACGUGCCGCCAGUUGAACAUCACGCAAGGCGUGGAGAGUGUCUUCUUUGACGCAGAUAGGCUCGGGCACGAUGAGGGCAAGGAGGAUCGCGUGGCCACAGGUGUUGAAUUUGCCAAGUCGAGAGGCUUUGUGCAAAGUGGUGACUCCUGCGUGGUGGUUCACGCCGAUCAUAAGGUCAAGGGCUACGCCAAUCAGACGCGAAUUCUCCUCGUUAGCUAA